UCCUGUCGCUGCCGGAGCCGAGUCAGCAGCCGACGCGCGAGUCCCCGCCCCCGCCGUUGCACAGCGGGGAGCGGCCGCCGCCGGGCCGGUCGCAGGGAGCCGCCGUCCGCGCCAUGGAGUCCCGCUACAACCUGAAGAGCCCGGCUGUCAAACGUUUAAUGAAGGAAGCAGCCGAAUUGAAGGAUCCUACAGAUCAUUACCAUGCACAGCCCUUGGAGGAUAAUCUUUUUGAAUGGCAUUUUACUGUUAGAGGCCCUCCAGAUUCGGAUUUUGAUGGAGGAAUUUAUCAUGGACGAAUAGUACUACCACCAGAGUAUCCCAUGAAACCCCCAAGCAUCAUUCUGUUAACAGCCAAUGGCAGGUUUGAAGUAGGGAAGAAAAUUUGUUUAAGCAUCUCAGGACAUCACCCUGAAACGUGGCAACCUUCAUGGAGUAUAAGAACAGCUUUACUAGCCAUUAUUGGUUUUAUGCCAACCAAAGGAGAGGGAGCCAUAGGAUCCCUAGACUACACACCUGAGGAAAGAAGAGCACUUGCCAAGAAGUCACAGGAUUUCUGCUGUGAGAUAUGUGGCUCAGCAAUGAAGAUAAGUCUGUUACCAUUAACAUCAGGAAGUGCUUCAAGCCAGGCUGACGAAGAGGCCAAGGAACUUGCCAGACAAAUUAGCUUCAAGGCGGAAAUCAAUUCAUCCAGAAAGUCUAUCACUGAAUCCCCAAACACAUCGGAAUUGAACCACUCUGCCACCUUACCUGAGUCACAACAGGAUGGUAUAAGUAGAGCAUUCCAGAAUCCAACCACCAGUACAAUGUCUGAAAUUCAGAAUAACUCCACACCACCUAAUCAAGAGCAUACUCAGCCUAUAUCUAAUAAUACCUCCAUGAGCCCUCGCCAGCGCCGUGCCCAGCAGCAGAGUCAGAGAAGAGUGCCAUCUUCAACUAACUUUAAUCAGGUGCAGCAACCAAGAGUCCACACAAGCCACACUGGAUCAACUGUUCUGAUUGUCCUUCUGACUUUAGCAUUGGCAGCGCUUAUAUUCCGACGGGUAUAUCUGGCCAAUGACUAUGUAUUUGAGUUAUAAAAUUGUCUCUGUCUUAAGAGCAGUGACUUGAAUGCUUCAUUAAAUAUUCUGUAUUGGGUAUGACAUGA